AAUGAAGUGCGAGAACUGCACCAAAAAGGAAUGCAGUAAAAAACAGAAAAAUGAUGAUACCCAAAGCACAUCUGUCGAUGGAUUGAGUUCAGAUGAUGGUUUUGAAGAGAAAAAUGAGUUUCAUGCAUUGGCUAAUGCUAAAAUACUCCUUAGUGACUGCCUAGCUUGUGACAGUUGUAUGACAUCAGAAGAAGGAGCCAGAGUUUUCCAACAGAAUCAGAAGGAGUUCUUUCAUAUUCUUAACCUUAAUAAGAAAUGUGAUACCUCAAAGCACAAAGUGUUGGCAGUGUCUAUAUGCCCACAGUCAUUGCCUUAUUUUGCUGCUAAAUUCAACCUCUCUGUGAAUGAUGCAGCCAAGAGACUCUGUGGUUUCCUCAAAAGUCUUGGGGUGCAUUACGUAUUUGACACCACUAUAGCUGCUGAUUUCAGUAUCCUGGAGAGCCAGAGGGAAUUUGUGCAGCGGUAUCAGCGGAGGAACCAGGAGGAGCAUGCCUUACCAAUGUUUGCCUCUGCUUGCCCUGGUUGGAUCCGGUACGCUGAAAGAGUUCUUACCAAUCUUGUGACCUCUCACAUUUGCACUGCAAAGUCUCCGCAGCAGAUCAUGGGCUCCCUGGUGAAGGGCUACUUUGCCAGGCAGAAGAACUUGUCUCCUGAUAAAAUUUUCCAUGUGGUUGUGGCACCUUGUUAUGACAAAAAACUGGAAGCCUUGCGGGAGGAUUUUUACACUGCGUUGUAUAACUCACAAGAAGUUGAUUGUGUGCUGACAUCAGGUGAAAUUGCCCAAAUAAUGGAGCAGAAAAAUGUGUCUAUGAAAGAUGUGACUGAAGUAGCUGUAGAUAGUUUGUUUGACGAAAUAAAGGAGGGAGAUGUAGUAAGGCAUGAAGGGAAAAGAUCUGAUGGUUACCUGGAGCACAUUUUUAAACAUGCUGCAAAGGAGCUUUUUGGCAUGGAUGUCAAGGAAAUUACCUACAAAGCAUUGAAGAACAAGGACUUCCAAGAGGUUACCCUGGAAAAGGAUGGUGAGACAGUGCUACGUUUUGCAGCAGCUUAUGGCUUCAGAAAUAUCCAAAAUCUGGUUCUGAAGUUGAAAAAAGGAAAGUUUUUAUACCAUUUUGUUGAGGUCCUUGCUUGCCCAGGAGGGUGCCUAAAUGGAAAAGGUCAGGCACAAACUGAAGAUGGAAAACCAGAUAAAGCACUGCUUAGCCAGAUGGAGGAAGUGUAUGCUGCAAUACCUGUUAGACUUCCAGAAACCAACCUCCACGUUCAAAAGAUGUACCAGGACUGGCUGGAAGGCAUGGACUCUAAGAAGGCCCAGGAAACUUUGCACACCCAGUACAGUGGAGUAAAUCAAACAGCAAGCAAUUUGGAUAUCAAAUGGUAAUAAAUCAAACUUGGAAAAGAUUUGCUUGGGGUUAGUUACAGAUUCAGCACUGGAAACACUCUAUGCAAUCGCAGCUGCUAUGCACUAGCUGAGCGUGUGAGUGAGGCGCUUCCGGAUUGUGGGUGGUCAGUUGUGAGCAGCUGUGGCUUUGACAAGCAGAAAGAGAAGUCUCCCUCCAAAAGCCCUGGUUCUACCAUAUUAUUUAACUUCCUGUGUGGUUGAUCUCCUGCAUCUUGUGGAUUUCUUCAUUCAAAAAAUCAUCUUGCAAGGUACAUGAGCAGUUUCUGCCAGGGCAGAAGAGUUCCCUUCAUAAAGUGAGCUCCCCCAAGAAGGGGAGGUUGUUGACUCUUCCUCCUAGGUGUGCAAUCCCUUUCUUCGUGGGAAAAGUCAUCGUGAAUUGCAGUACUGUUGCAGUUGUGAAUUAACUUGGGAUUCAUUUGCCUUCAGAGGGUCAAGUGUGUACAUGGAGAAGUGUAAUGAAUUUAUGUAUACCUUCUAUCCAUGUUUUAACAAACUAUCCCAUUCCAAACUGAUUUUAUGUUCUGUAGGGAACAGGAUGCUUCAUAUAAACUAAACUUGGGAAACAGAAUGGUUAUAAUGCAGUCAGUCAUUUAAAGUAGUUCCAGAUAGGUUGGUUGGUACACAAAGAGCAUUUUCUUUCUUUGUAAGUUUUCUUAGAAACCUGCAGCUAGGAAGGGUGUUGCUCCUUUACUCUGCUAGCUUCUUCAGGAGAAUGACAUGUACGUGAGCACUGCAACUUUCUAGAUAAGCUGAGCCAGCCCUACAGCACUUUCAUUCAUUCAUGUUUUGGUAUACACAGUAGCAUAUUGGUCUUUCCUUUAUCUGGUAAAAAUCACUUCAGGGAGUGCCUCUGAAAAAACUACUUAGCAAUGCUUGUGAGUGAGCUCCUCAAAGUCAUUAUACACUGGCAUCGUUAAUUUUGGUGCACAUAUUUUCUUCAGUAUGCUGUGGACGUUUCAUUUAACAGGCAUCUUAAAGUGUUAUUUACAUGCAGACUUUCUGCAACCCCGUGAAUUGUCAGAGGGUUAUUUGAGAAUGUGAUGUACAAAAUAAAACUGAUUGCCAGGCUUCUUCAGGUUGUCCAAUUAACAUCAAAUUUGUUCACAAUUAAUGGCUGCUUAACACUAGCAAGGAUUCAACUUUACUUUUCCAGUCUGGAAGUGUGGAUGGGCUUUUUUAAUUGCUUCAGGCAGUUUGAAUGAGUCUUGCAAAUUUCUUUAUUACAACUGCUUGUAUGAGUAAGAGCUAAAACUGCAAAAACCUGUGUGUUUAAACCUGUGCAUUUAACUUGAACACAGGGGAUAGGAUAAAGGUAUUAGUGAAGUGAACAUGCAAGUUCUUGCAUUGGCUAAACAGAGGCUUAAAAGGAGAGAGACAGACUUAAGUGUGCUACCCUGGUGACAAGAGAGUUCUCAUGAUAUGAAGCUGUUAACAGAAUCACAGCUUUCAAUUAGACCUCCACUUAAAUAAAACGUUUCAUUUUGAGGGAUGUUUUCUUUCCAGUGCAAAUGAAUUUGAUUACUGUGCUAUCUCAAUGCACACAGUGAGAUUAUACCCGUAAAUUAGCCUUGGUAAGUUGUUCCUUGUCCUAAUAAAAACGUUAUACUUACGUGGUGCAAUAUCAGAACACCUACAGAAAUCUACCUCUGUACAGGAAGGGAGUCCAGAGCUGGUGGAAGAUCUUUGUACAGCUCAAGCUGUAUUAAAUGUCUGCUAAGGAAAGGUGGUGGUGUUUGUGAGCAGAUCACCUAGAGAAGUAACAUCUGACUCCUUUGGUCUGAUUAUCUAUCAAGAUUUCCUUCAAAAACUUCCAGCAGAAUUGCCCUGUAAUGAAGUGGUCUUGUUCUGUUUGUACAGGCAUAUGUUUCUAUGUAUAUAUGGUUUAUAGCUUGAUGGCAUGUUUAAAUUAUAUCACUUCAGUUCUUUGUACAGUAUGCUUAUUUUUUUUAAUGUGUGUAUAGUAGGCAAAAUGGUAUGAAAAGAUUGGGGUUUUUCUCAUGAAAGCUUCACUGACAUACCCAAGAGCUGCCUUGCUGUUCGGAAAGGAUGCCCUUGGACUGUUUGUAUGACUUGACAAACACUCCCUUUGCAGGAGGCACUGCUCUACCUGUUCUCUUGCCAUGAUGCUUGCCUGCUGCACCAAAGAGCCUCACUUCCCCUGCUGCUGGGAGACAGUGGCAGUGGGCCAGCAGAUGAAAUCAAUCUGCAAUGUACUGUGCUGUGCUCCUCCGAACAGGGGACAUUGGUGGCUUGGUGCAUAAAAUAAACUAUUCCAGUUGAAUCCAUUUCUUCCAUCUGCUCAAGUGUUUUAACCUAUUGAGAUAGUAGCAGUGUAAAAACUGAGUAGGUAUUUGUCUGCCAUAGUGUCCUUUUUAACAAGGAGCAAGGCAUGGAAGUGGGCAGCUUUUAGUGGCUAGGUGGAAUGUAUGUCUAAUAACUAGUAACUUACAGUGACUGAUACUUGUCCUUUUUUUGUCAGCUUUUGUUUUACAAGCCUUUUUGCAGUAAACCUGAUUUUAAGGGUUUUUUUAAAACCCUUUUCUUGAAAGUGCCAGUUUAAAAGAACAUAGAGGGGGGGGAAAAGAAGUCUUUUCCCUUAACUGCAAUAGAUCUUUCCUCCUCCAUCUUCUUUCACUGAAAUUUUAACAUAUGCCAGAAAAACUUGUCCCAACUUCAUAUAUAGUGAAAUACUUGCCUAAUAUUUGAUUCUGGCUUCUAACUCUAGAGCUGGGAAGACUGUCAUUGCUGACAAUGUGUUUCUAGCCCCACUUCUGAAACCACAGCGUUAUUUAGUCCCUUGAUAAGUUGUUGGCAACUAAGAAUUUUCAUUGCUACUGCCUUCACAGCAAUGGGAAGAGUUCCUGGUGUGGUCACAGCCACAGUGCUUUACUUCUCAGUUGAAUGUUGUGCUGAGACGAUCUUGUCUCUAGGUGAUUUUUAGAAAAUACUAAAUUGGAGGGAUUGUGGGAAAGUAACUGGAAACGUUAAAUUAAUUGGGAAAUUGUCUUGGGAUAUUACUGAUUUGAGCAGAUCAAGUGAUUGAUACCUUGGGUUAUAGUACUUCACUCUGAGACUGCUACAAGAGAUGCUCACUAAAAACUCUGCUCUGCCAUCUCCAGUGAGCUUGCCUGAGCCACAGCAGCCUGUGUUUGUCCACUGCAGGUAAUGAACAGGGACAGACAUGG